AUGUCAGCAGGAAUGCAACAAAGUGUACCAAGUCGAGCUUAUAUCUUAAAUCUAUAUCAUUCUCUUUUAAGAGCCAGUAGAAAUUUUUCAAAUUAUAAUUUUAGGGAUUACUCAUAUCGUAGAAUUAGGGAUUCAUUUCAUCAACAUAAAAAUGAAACUAGACCGACGAAAAUUAUAGAAUUAGUUAAGAACGCAGAAAAAGAAUUGGAAGUUAUAAAAAGGCAAGGUUAUUUGAAUAAUCUUUAUGCUGUAGAUAAAUUAGUGGUUGAAGAAGAGAUGAAUGAAAAGAAAGCUACAAGGUUUAGAGGGGAUAAUUAA